GGGGGAGUGCCGCGAGGAGAGCAUCUGAACCGGGUGGGUGAGGCUGUCGUCCUGGGCACCCCGCCCCCUCUCGGGCCGCCCCUCCCCCGCGCCCCUGCUCUGGCUCUCCAGCAUCCUCACUCCGCCCAGUUCCUUGCCAGCUGCGUGGGCUCCGGCUUCGUGCGGGUUUUUUUCCCCGUGGAAGGCACCAAAACUCGGUAGCGACUACGGAAACCCCAUCGGAACUGACCAGCUGCGCUAGCACCAGGCACAGCACUGGUGCCGCGCGCCCGCCGAACCCAAGCGGUCACUUCAGCCACCAGAUUGCAACUUUGCAGAGACGAUGGACUAGCAUGGCCUGAAGCAUGGCUCAGUUCUAUUACAAAAGAAAUGUCAACGCCCCCUACAGAGAUCGCAUCCCGCUGAGGAUUGUCAGAGCAGAAUCUGAACUCUCACCAUCAGAGAAAGCCUACUUGAACGCUGUGGAAAAGGGAGACUAUGCAAGUGUCAAGAAGUCCCUUGAGGAAGCCGAGAUUUAUUUUAAAAUCAACAUUAACUGCAUCGAUCCCCUUGGAAGGACUGCUCUUCUCAUUGCCAUUGAAAACGAGAACCUGGAGCUUAUUGAGCUGUUGCUGAGUUUCAACGUCUAUGUAGGUGACGCGCUGCUUCAUGCUAUCCGAAAAGAGGUGGUUGGAGCUGUGGAGCUAUUGCUGAACCACAAAAAGCCAAGCGGAGAGAAGCAGGUGCCUCCCAUUCUUCUCGAUAAGCAGUUCUCCGAAUUCACGCCAGACAUUACACCCAUCAUCUUGGCCGCACAUACAAAUAAUUAUGAGAUCAUCAAACUUUUGGUCCAGAAAGGUGUCUCGGUGCCGAGACCGCACGAGGUCCGCUGUAACUGUGUGGAGUGUGUCUCCAGCUCGGAUGUGGACAGCCUCAGGCACUCACGGUCCAGGCUCAACAUAUACAAGGCAUUGGCCAGUCCCUCGCUCAUCGCCCUGUCAAGCGAAGACCCUUUUCUCACAGCCUUCCAGUUAAGCUGGGAGCUGCAGGAACUAAGCAAAGUGGAGAACGAAUUCAAGUCGGAGUAUGAGGAGCUGUCUAGACAGUGCAAGCAAUUUGCUAAAGACCUCCUAGAUCAGACACGGAGUUCUCGAGAGCUGGAAAUCAUUCUUAAUUAUCGUGAUGACAAUAGUUUGAUCGAAGAACAGAGUGGAAAUGAUCUUGCGAGGCUAAAAUUAGCCAUUAAGUACCGUCAAAAAGAGUUUGUUGCCCAGCCCAACUGCCAGCAACUACUCGCAUCCCGCUGGUACGACGAGUUCCCAGGCUGGAGGAGGAGACACUGGGCGGUGAAGAUGGUGACGUGUUUCAUAAUAGGACUGCUUUUCCCCGUCUUCUCCGUGUGCUACCUGAUAGCUCCUAAAAGCCCACUUGGACUGUUCAUCAGAAAGCCAUUUAUCAAGUUUAUCUGCCACACAGCCUCCUAUUUGACCUUUUUGUUCCUGCUGCUGCUUGCCUCUCAGCACAUCGACAGGUCAGACUUGAACAGGCAAGGUCCACCACCAACCAUCGUGGAAUGGAUGAUAUUACCGUGGGUCCUGGGUUUUAUAUGGGGAGAAAUUAAGCAGAUGUGGGAUGGCGGACUUCAGGACUACAUCCAUGACUGGUGGAACCUGAUGGACUUUGUGAUGAACUCCUUGUAUCUGGCGACAAUCUCCUUAAAGAUUGUCGCGUUUGUAAAGUACAGUGCUCUGAACCCACGGGAAUCAUGGGACAUGUGGCACCCCACCCUGGUGGCCGAGGCUUUGUUUGCUAUUGCAAACAUCUUCAGUUCCCUGCGCCUGAUCUCACUGUUCACUGCCAAUUCUCACCUGGGGCCUCUGCAGAUAUCUCUUGGAAGAAUGCUUCUGGACAUCCUGAAGUUCUUGUUCAUAUACUGCCUCGUGCUGCUAGCUUUUGCCAAUGGCCUGAACCAACUGUACUUCUACUACGAAGAAACAAAGGGGUUGAGCUGCAAAGGCAUACGGUGUGAGAAACAGAAUAACGCGUUUUCCACGUUAUUUGAGACACUACAAUCACUGUUUUGGUCAAUAUUUGGGCUCAUCAAUCUAUAUGUUACCAACGUCAAAGCCAAGCAUGAGUUCACUGAGUUUGUUGGGGCCACCAUGUUUGGGACAUACAAUGUUAUCUCUCUGGUUGUCCUGCUGAACAUGUUAAUCGCUAUGAUGAAUAAUUCUUACCAACUCAUUGCCGACCAUGCAGAUAUAGAGUGGAAAUUCGCCCGAACAAAGCUUUGGAUGAGCUACUUUGAAGAAGGAGGUACCCUGCCUACUCCUUUCAAUGUCAUCCCAAGCCCCAAGUCCUUGUGGUACCUCGUCAAGUGGAUAUGGACACACCUGUGUAAGAAAAAGAUGAGAAGGAAGCCAGAGAGCUUUGGAACCAUUGGGCGGCGCGCUGCUGAUAACUUGAGAAGACACCACCAAUACCAAGAGGUGAUGAGGAACCUGGUGAAGCGGUACGUGGCGGCCAUGAUCAGAGAGGCAAAAACCGAAGAGGGCCUGACUGAGGAGAACGUUAAGGAACUAAAACAAGACAUUUCUAGCUUCCGCUUCGAAGUUCUGGGAUUGCUCAGAGGAAGCAAGCUCUCCACAAUACAGUCAGCCAACGCAGCGACUUCAGCCGACUCCGACGAAAAGAGCCAUAGCGAAGGUAAUAGCAAGGACAAGAAAAAGAAUCUCAGCCUCUUUGAUUUAACCACUCUGAUCCACCCGAGGUCGGCAGCCAUUGCCUCCGAGAGACAUAACAUAAGCAAUGGUUCUGCCCUGGUGGUGCAGGAGCCGCCCAGGGAGAAGCCGAGAAAAGUGAAUUUUGUGGCUGAUAUCAAAAACUUCGGGUUAUUUCAUAGACGGUCAAAACAAAAUGCUGCUGAGCAAAACGCAAACCAAAUCUUCUCUGUUUCAGAAGAAAUUACUCGUCAACAGGCGGCAGGACCACUUGAGAGAAAUAUCCAACUGGAAUCGCAAGGAUUAGCUUCUCGGGGUGACCGCAGCAUUCCUGGUCUCAAUGAACAGUGUGUGCUAGUAGACCAUAGAGAAAGGAAUACGGACACUUUGGGUUUACAGGUAGGCAAGAGAGUGUGCUCCUCUUUCAAGUCGGAGAAAGUGGUGGUGGAAGACACCGUCCCUAUGAUACCAAAGGAGAAACACGCCCAGGAGGAGGACUCAAGCAUAGACUAUGAUUUAAGCCCCACGGACACAUCUGCCCAUGAAGAUUAUGUGACCACAAGAUUGUGACACUUGGAGGAAUGUUUACCAUACCUAUACAUAUUUUUCCAUAGUGCUCUGGGUGGGCACAGGGUUUGAAAUUACAUGAUCAAAUGCUAAUUUACACUUUCUAGUGUUUAUCCAUUGUGGCAUAUUAACCUGUAACAUGAUUGAACAAAGCAGAGGCAACGUGAACUCUUCUCUUUUGUAGCCUGCUUUUGCUUCCACGGUUUAUUUUACAAGUGUCUCUGUUAAAUAAAUGCACUUUUAUCCUUGUACUGUUUCAAUAACCCAUGGAAAAUUUUUAGCUAUCUUUUUCAAUUAAAACCAAUGCAAUUGAUUUCAUGUGGUAAGUGACUCCUACAAUAGAUAUUUUUAUAUAC